UGGCGCAGCGGCGGUACAAGAAGGACGUGCUGCCCGAGCCCGGCGGCGCCGCGCCCGCCGUGUCCGUCACCGAGAUCCGGCGGUACCUGCGCGCUCAGGGCAUCCCGUUCCAGGACGGCUACAGCUGCCUGCACGCCCCCAGCCUGUUCGGGCCGGAGCCGCCCACCGCCGGGCCGCCCUUCACGCUGUUCAUCGACAAGACGACGGGCAGCUUCCUCUGCACCGCCACGCUGGCCGAGGGCGGCUGGCAGGACCUGCAGGCUGCCGUGGAGCUGCGGCACCGCGGGGUCCCGGCGCCCAGCCCUGAGGAAAGAGAGCACGAGGAAGAGGAGGCGGAGGCGAGGAGGGCGCGUGAGGAUGCCCGGCGCAUCUGGGAGCGGGCGCUGCCGCUGGGAGAGCUGCUGGACGAGGAGGAGAUGCAGGCCACCAAGGCGGCCUUCGGCAUCGCCCCGCUGGCCGACGGCACGCUGAAGCGCUUCGGGGUGCGCUACCUGCGGGCGGCCAAGGCCCUGGUGUUCCCUUGGUUCGCGCCACGCGACGCGGCGCUGCGGGGCCUGAAGCUGCUGGUGGCGGAGCAGCGUGGUGACACGGUGAGCUACACGGAGGAGACGUUUCCUCGCUUUGACGCCUACCGCAACCUCUUCGGGCUGCCGCUGAUCGGCCGCCGCGACACCGAGGUGGUGCUGACUGGGAGGGAGCUGGACGCCCUGGCCCUGCAUCAGGCCACCGGUGUGCCCUGCCUGGCGCUGCCGCGCGGGGCCACCAUCCUGCCACCCUCCCUGCUGCCUUACCUGGAGCAGUUCAGGCGCGUCACGCUGUGGCUGGGCGAUGACCUGCGCUCCUGGGAGGCUGCCAAGCUCUUUGCCCGCAAGCUGAACCCCAAGCGCUGCUCGCUUGUGCGGCCCGGAGACCUUCAGCCGCGGCCCUUGGAGGCGUUGAAUCGGGGCCUGAACCUCACCAAGAUCCUGCGUGCCGCCCUGCCUGCCGGACACAAAGCCAUCGUCUCCUUCCGACAGCUACGCGAGGAGGUGUUUGGGGAGCUGGCCAACAGCGAGCAGGUGGCCGGUGUCAAGUGGGCGCGCUUCCCCGAGCUCAACAAGCUACUCAAGGGGCAUCGCCGGGGCGAGCUCACCGUCUUCACCGGUCCGACAGGCAGCGGAAAGACGACGUUCAUCAGCGAGUAUGCGCUGGACCUGUGCACACAAGGGGUGUGCACACUGUGGGGCAGCUUCGAGAUCAACAACAUCCGCCUGGCGAAGAUCAUGCUGACCCAGUUUGCCACCCGGCGCCUGGAGGAACAGCUGGAGCUGUAUGACGAGUGGGCCGACCGCUUUGAGGACCUGCCGCUCUACUUCAUGACCUUCCACGGCCAACAGAAUAUCAAGACGGUGCUCGACACCAUGCAGCACGCUGUCUACAUGUAUGACAUCACCCACGUGGUGGUGGACAACCUGCAGUUCAUGAUGGGCCACGAGCAGCUCUCGGCAGACAGGUUGGCAGCACAGGACUUCAUCGUCGGCGCCUUCCGGAAGUUCGCCACCGACAACACGUGCCACAUCACGCUGGUCAUCCACCCGCGCAAGGAGGAUGACGAGAAGGAGCUGCAGACCGCCUCCAUCUUCGGCUCCGCCAAGGACCGCAAGCUGACAACGGGUCCUGGGAAGCGCUACCUGCAGGUGUCCAAGAACCGCUUCGAUGGCGAUGUAGGUGUCUUCCCGCUGGAGUUCAGCAAGGCCUCGCUCACCUUCUCCUCCUACGGCAAAAGCAAGGCCAAGCUGAAGAAGGUGAAGGAGGAGAAGGCGUCUUCACCCAAGAAGGGUCCCAGUGGAGGUGCGGGCAGCUCCAGCAAGCCCUGAGUGCUGCAGGGACAACCUUGGCACUCGGGCACACCAUGUGCCACGUGUCCGUGCUCCUCCUGCGCAGAGCAUCCUCACAGGCCUGGGAGACGUGAGAGAAGCGGGAGAGGAUGCGCAGACUUUCGGGUCUCUGGACCCUGAUCAGGUUGUUAUAUGGCUGCUAAGUGGAGGCCAUGGCCCAGGUUUGCCUCCCAUAUGGUAUGGUGCUGGAGCAGCUCUGCCGGCUCUGACCCCGGCCCCCUCCAGCCGUGGGGUACCACCAGCAGCAAGGCCUCAGGGACCCAGCCGUGGGCACGUUGGAGCCUCUCAUGGCAGAACACUGUGUCUGAGCCCAUCCUCCCCGCCGUGGGGAGCCCCCCAGUGGGCUUUUGGCCCCAUCCUUCUGUUUUCUUUACACUUUUAUUAAAGCAGAACUGAGAG